UGGUACUGUCAUAGUGGAACAGUUACAGUACAAGACAGAGUGAAAAAGAUGAGAGAACUCUUCACCAGUGGUUGUCUUCUCUUACUUUGCUUUAUUAAAGGGAUGAUUGGGGAAGGCCCUAGUACUGUUCUUUUCCACGGUAGAGAACGCAAAAAUUGGGCAUUGCGCAAACCAACCUACCAGUCGUCGAUAAUGGACCACUACUUUACUUCCGAUCGCGCCGUCGACGGAAGUCUGUCCAACGACGCCAUAAUGUCUCGCUCCUGUAUGCACACACAAUUUGAGACACAUCCAUGGUGGAUGGUGGAUCUUCAAAUGACCUUGCUUGUCAAGGAAGUCUACAUCAUGAAUCGAGGCGACUGCUGUGGUUAUCGACUUAAACAUUUAUACAUUGAAGUUUACAAAGGUAACAUUGCACAACUACACUUAGUCGGCUUGUGUCAUUAUCAAAGGGAAUCCAUCACGUCUGGGAUCGCGAAGAGUUUUCGCUGCCUCUAUGAGCUGAUGGGUCAGUUUGUCCGACUGUCGAUUCACCACCACAGCUACACAGAGUAUUCUAUAAGCAUGUGUGAAGUCGAGGUCUACGGGUCGGAGGAUGCGUAUAUGCUUGCUUCGAAGGGCAAAAAUUGGGCGCGGUUGGCCACUGCUUCUCAGUCCUCAACGCAUGCUAACAGUGGGUUGUCCAAUGCGAACAACGCAAUCGACGGUAACCGUGACGGCGUCUACAUUACAGGCUCGUGUUCACACACCACCAUGGGAGACUACAGGCCGUGGUGGCAGGUCGAAUUGUUAUGGAUGAUAAUGGUUACCGGUGUCAAACUGUACAACCGCGUGGAUUGCUGUGAUGAGCGACUUCAUGAUUUCGUCAUCACAGUUUUACAAAACUCUCACGACACGGCCCCUAAGCAAUGCUAUAAGCAGACGACAGCAGUAGCGAAGACAGCCACGAUUACAUGUGAAGAGCCCCUUGCAGGGUGGAUCGUUCGUGUUGCAAAAACGAGAGCCGAUAGACACGAUGAUGUCCUUACCUUAUGUGAAGUGGAAGUGCACGGCUGGAAAAUAG